UCAUGCGCCGUAGAGUGUGUGAUGGCCGUGUGGAUAGUGAAGGUUAACGUUGGUGUGAAUGUUUGUGAAUUUAAUCUGUUUUCAUUCAGAUUUUGCUGCAUGUAGAGACAUUUUAACAUUUUUACAGCAAAGAUUAAACUCUGACUGACGGAAUACAGACUCAGCGGCCAUGGCCGGUCUGUCGAACUACGCCCUGCGGAUGGCCAGACUGAGCGCUCAGAUCUUCGGGGGGGUCGCCCGUCCCACAGACUCUAAAUCCAUGAGGGUGGUGCAGCUGUUCAGCGAGCCCCCCGUGGCCCAGAGGAAGGAGGUGUACGACUGGUACCCCCAGCACAAGAUCUACUACGCCAUGACCCAGAAACUACGCUUCAUGGGUCUGUUCAGAGAUGAACACGAGGACUUUAAGGAGGAGAUGCGUCGUCUGAGGAAACUGAGAGGAAAAGGGAAACCGAAGAAAGGCGAGGGGAAGAGAGCGGGGAAGAAGAAAUGAGCUGCACUCGUUCUGCUGUUCCGUCUCCACACAGGACUCAUGUUUCUCUUUUGGUGUUUAUGGAGGCGGACAACUUUGGACUAACGGGGGGUGGCCCUCCUGGCUGCAAAUGAAACAUUCUCUCUCAUGUCUAUUCCAUAUUGAUGUUCACUCCUUUCAUUAUUAAAACCUGCUGGAGUUAAAGUGUCAGAGGGUGAAACAUAGACAGACAGUUUGAUGUGAAUUUGUGACGUUGAUGAGCUGCUAAGAUGAUCGACCGAGUGAACAAACGAGGAAGAAUUGAAGAAUUCUUUCUCUUCCUUUAUAACCUUCAUGAUGAUCUGGAUCCUUGCAGCUUCGUGUUCCUCGUGUUGAUUUGGGAGGAAGUCGCUUCCUGUCGUCAGCUUAAGAGGAAAAGGAUGUAAAGAGAGACAAACAUGUUGUGAUUUUCAAAAUAAAAGCCACUUGAUAAACGUUACAAA